AGACAACAUUAUCUUUGCUCCGACAUCCUGACUAUUGCAUCUCUGGUUAUUCAUAUGUGGAUGUGAAGCGAAGCAUUGAGGAUGGUGAGAAACGCUUCAAUCAGCUUUCUAUUGAAGAAAGAGGAAAAUUUGAUGAAGAAACGCUUGUAAAUGUGAACAACAUAAAAAAGCAAAGCACAUCAAGCCAAAGAGCUAAUGGUUUUAACAAUGAAUAUAUAGUGAUAACUAUCCUGGUGGCUGCUGAAGGAGUACAUAAAUUGCCAGCCAUAAACAGUAGUGGAGACUUAAAGGAAGCAUUGCAAAAACUUGGUUCCAUUCCCGCCAGCAAAAUACUAGCAGUUGAGGUGUUAUGGACUCCUCAGAACGAAAAUGAUACACUGACAGAGCGAGAACUACUUGAAGAUUAUCCACUUUUGAGGCCUCUAUAAAAAGGUUUUAGCAGCAUUAACUCGAAUCUCCUGAUCUUAAACAAUCACAGGCUAUUUGUAUAGAAUAAGAUUAGCCAUGGUAUAGGAAAUACACUUGUAUCCUGUUUGAAUAGAUAACAUUCUGUGGUGUUCAAUUACUGAAGCAAUGUUGAAUAUAUGCAGCAAAUACAUGGUUUUCUAUUACUAGCACUCAGUGGCUAAUCUUGAGAGUGGAGUGUACUAUAGUCUCUUUAGUUAAAAUUUAUCUAUUCUA